CGGCCCGACGCGCGGCCUCAGUGCUGCCCUCGGCGCAGCGCGCUGGGAUCCGCGCGCAGAGCAGGACCCAGCCGGGCGCGGCCUGGAAGGAGCGGGAAAGCAAAGGAUUCCUUUGAGAAACAAGCUGAAGUAAUGAGAAGACAUUAUGGAGGCCCAGUCCCACAGCUCUACAACGACUGAGAGGAAGAAAGCUGAAAAUUCCAUUGGGAAAUGUCCCACGAGAACAGAUGUCAGUGAGAAGGCUGUAGCCUCAAGUACCACUUCCAACGAGGAUGAAAGUCCUGGACAGAUCUAUCACCGAGAGAGAAGAAACGCCAUCACUAUGCAGCCUCAGAGUGUGCAGGGUCUCAACAAAAUCAGUGAGGAGCCCUCGACGUCGUCUGGUGAUGAGAGGGCCUCGCUGAUCAAGAAGGAGCUCCAUGGCUCCCUCCCGCAUCUGGCGGAGCCCUCUCUGCCUUACCGCGGGACUGUGUUUGCCAUGGACCCCCGGAAUGGAUACAUGGAGCCUCACUACCACCCUCCUCAUCUUUUCCCUGCCUUCCAUCCUCCUGUACCAAUUGAUGCCAGACAUCAUGAGGGCCGUUACCAUUAUGAUCCAUCUCCUAUUCCUCCAUUACAUGUGCCUUCUGCCUUAUCUAGUAGCCCGACGUAUCCAGACUUGCCCUUCAUUAGGAUCUCCCCACACCGUAACCCCACUGCAGCUUCAGAGUCCCCCUUCAGCCCCCCACACCCCUACAUCAACCCGUAUAUGGACUACAUCCGUUCAUUGCACACCAGCCCGUCCCUCUCCAUGAUCUCAGCUGCCCGGGGGCUGAGCCCUACAGAUGCUCCCCAUGCUGGAGUCAGCCCUGCGGAAUACUAUCACCAGAUGGCUCUGCUGACAGGCCAGCGCAGCCCUUAUGCAGAAAUCCUUCCCUCCGCUGCCACUGCUGGUGCAGGGGCCAUCCACAUGGAGUACCUUCAUGCCAUGGAUAGCACCAGAUUCCCCAGCCCUAGGCUGUCAGCUAGGCCCAGCCGAAAGCGUACACUGUCGAUAUCGCCACUCUCAGAUCAUAGCUUCGACCUUCAGACCAUGAUAAGAACAUCUCCUAACUCCUUGGUCACAAUCCUCAAUAAUUCCCGUAGCAGCUCUUCAGCCAGUGGCUCCUAUGGGCAUUUAUCAGCAAGUGCAAUCAGCCCUGCACUGAGCUUCUCCUACCCCUCCGCACCUGUGUCUCUUCACAUGCAUCAACAGAUCCUAAGCCGACAGCAAAGCCUAGGCUCAGCAUUCGGACACAGCCCUCCCCUCCUCCACCCUGCUCCAACAUUUCCAACACAGAGACCUAUCCCUGGGAUUCCAACAGUUCUGAACCCUGUCCAGGUCAGCUCCGGCCCUUCUGAGUCCUCACAGAGCAAGCCCACCAGUGAGUCUGCAGUGAGCAGCACCGGUGACCCUAUGCAUACUAAGCGGUCCAAGAUCAAGCCUGAUGAAGAUCUUCCCAGCCCAGGGUCACGGGGACAGCAGGAACAGCCGGAAGGAACAACCCUAGUGAAGGAGGAAGGAGACAAAGAUGAAAGCAAGCAGGAGCCUGAAGUCAUCUACGAGACAAACUGCCACUGGGAAGGCUGCACAAGAGAGUUCGACACCCAGGAUCAGCUUGUGCAUCAUAUCAAUAAUGACCACAUUCAUGGAGAAAAAAAGGAGUUCGUGUGCCGCUGGCUUGAUUGCUCAAGAGAGCAGAAACCGUUCAAAGCCCAGUACAUGUUGGUAGUGCAUAUGAGAAGACACACGGGGGAAAAGCCUCACAAAUGUACAUUUGAAGGUUGCACAAAAGCCUACUCAAGACUCGAAAACCUGAAAACGCACUUGAGAUCUCACACUGGAGAGAAGCCAUACGUCUGUGAGCAUGAGGGCUGCAACAAGGCUUUCUCUAAUGCUUCAGAUCGGGCCAAGCACCAAAACAGAACACAUUCCAAUGAGAAACCGUAUGUAUGCAAAAUCCCUGGCUGCACCAAGCGCUACACAGACCCCAGCUCUCUCCGGAAACAUGUGAAGACUGUGCACGGCCCUGAGGCUCAUGUCACCAAGAAGCAGCGUGGGGACAUGCACCCUCGGCCUCCACCCCCGAGAGACUCUGGCAGCCAUUCGCAGUCCAGGUCCCCUGGCCGGCCAACUCAGGGAGCAUUUGGUGAGCAGAAGGAGCUGAGCAACACUACCUCAAAGCGGGAAGAAUGCCUCCAGGUGAAGACGGUCAAGGCUGAAAAGCCCAUGACAUCUCAGCCAAGCCCUGGUGGUCAGUCUUCAUGCAGCAGCCAACAGUCCCCCAUCAGCAACUAUUCCAACAGUGGGCUCGAGCUUCCUCUGACUGAUGGAGGUAGUGUAGCAGACCUCAGUGCCAUCGAUGAAACCCCGAUCAUGGACUCGACCAUUUCCACGGCAACCACAGCCCUUGCUUUGCAAGCCAGGAGAAACCCGGCAGGGACCAAAUGGAUGGAGCAUAUCAAACUUGAAAGGCUAAAACAAGUGAAUGGAAUGUUUCCAAGACUGAACCCUAUUCUACCGUCCAAAGCCCCUGCGGUAUCUCCUCUCAUAGGAAAUGGCACACAAUCCAAUAACAACUAUAGUUCGGGUGGGCCCGGGACACUCCUCCCGAGCAGAAGUGACCUGUCAGGUGUAGACUUCACAGUGCUGAACACACUCAACAGGAGAGACAGCAACACCAGCACUAUCAGCUCUGCCUACCUGAGCAGCCGCAGAUCCUCGGGCAUCUCCCCCUGCUUUUCCAGCCGCCGGUCCAGCGAGGCAUCACAGGCUGAAGGGCGACCCCAGAAUGUGAGUGUGGCCGACUCCUACGAUCCCAUCUCCACAGAUGCUUCGAGGAGAUCCAGCGAGGCCAGCCAGGGUGACGGGCUGCCCAGUUUGCUCAGCCUCACCCCCGUGCAGCAAUACCGCCUUAAGGCCAAGUACGCUGCUGCCACUGGUGGCCCACCACCCACACCUCUGCCCCACAUGGAAAAGCUGAGCCUGAAAACCAGGAUGGCCUUGCUAGGGGAGGGGAGGGACUCAGGCGUGACCCUGCCUCCAGUCCAUCCUCCUCGGAGAUGCAGUGAUGGGGGAGGCCACACAUACAGAGGGCGUCACCUGAUGCCUCAUGACGCACUAGCGAACAGUGUGAGGAGAGCCAGCGACCCUGUGAGAACAGUCUCGGAGAACAUGUCACUUCCCAGGGUUCAGCGCUUCAGCAGCCUCAAUAGCUUUAAUCCUCCAAAUUUGCCUCCAUCCGUGGAAAAGCGUAGCUUAGUGCUGCAAAAUUAUACCCGGCAGGAGAGCAGCCAACCCCGGUACUCCCAAGCAUCCCCUUGCCCCCCCAGCAUCACAGAGAAUGUUGCCCUGGAGGCUCUGUCUAUGGAUGCUGAUGCUAACUUGAAUGAUGAAGAUUUCCUGCCAGAUGACUUGGUACAGUAUUUAAAUUCCCAGAACCAAACAGGGUAUGGGCAGCCAUUGCAGAGUGCCAUCUCUGAAGAUAGCAAAGUAGCCCAUGAGCCAGAGGACUUGGACUUACCAGGGCUUCCAGACAGCCAUGUUGGCCAGCAGUACCCAGCUCUGGAGCAGCCCUGCUCUGAGGGCAGUAAAACUGAUUUGCCCAUCCAGUGGAAUGAGGUCAGUUCUGGAAGUUCUGAUCUGUCAUCCUCCAAGCUGAAAUGUGCUCAGCGUCCUAGCGUACAGCAAGCUCGAGGCUUUGGGUUAUACAACAAUAUGGCGGUACACCCACAGAAUCUGUGGAAGGUUGGCACUGGCCCAGCUGGGGGAUAUCAGACCCUCGGGGAGAAUGGCAGUACCUUCAAUGGCCCAGAGCACUUUGUAAUCCACAGUGGGGAUGGACUUGGCACCAAUGGAAAUACUUUCCAUGAACAGCCCUAUAAGAGCCAGCAGUAUGGGAGCCAGCUCAGUAGGCAGUCACUGACGUCCAGUGCUCUAGACAGUACCUGUGGUGCUGGGAUUCAAGGGUCCAAGCUGAAAGGCAACAGCUUGCAAGAGAAUGGGGGUUUGCUAGAUUUUGGCCUGUCUGUGGCACCAAAUGAGUUAGCUGGCAACACAGUGAAUGGCAUACAAACCCAAGAUCAAAUGGGACAGGGAUACAUUGGCCAUCAGCUACUCAGUGGCAGCAUGCAACACCAGGGGCCCAGCUGCCCUGGUCAACAGGUACUAGGGCAGGUUGGUGCUACCUCACACAUCAACAUCUAUCAAGGGACAGAGAGCUGCCUACCAGGGACCCAGGACAAUAGCAGCCAGCCAUCGAGUAUGGCAGUUAUCAGGGGCUACCAGCCCUGUGCCAGCUAUGGGGGUAGCAGGCGUCAGGCAGUGCCAAGGGGCAGCCUCACUCUGCAACAAGGACAGCUCAGUGACAUGAGUCAGACCAGCAGGGUGAACAGCAUCAAAAUGGAGGCACAAGGUCAGUCCCAGCAGCUCUGCUCUAACAUGCAGAAUUAUUCAGGUCAGUUCUAUGACCAGACCAUGGGCUUCAGUCAGCAAGACAGGAAAGCUGCCUCAUUCUCCCUCUCAGAUGCCAGCUGCCUGCUCCAGGGGAAUGGCACUGAAAACUCUGAGUUACUUUCCCCAGGUGCUAACCAGGUGACAAGCACAGUUGACAGCUUUGAGAGUCAUGACCUAGAAGGUGUGCAGAUUGAUUUUGAUGCUAUCAUAGAUGAUGGGGACCAUACUAGCCUAAUGUCAGGGGCCUUGAGCCCAAGUAUCAUUCAGAACCUUUCCCACAGCUCCUCCCGUCUCACCACACCACGGGCAUCCCUCCCAUUCCCAUCCCUGUCCAUGAGCACCACCAACAUGGCUAUUGGGGAUAUGAGUUCUUUGCUGACCUCCCUUGCAGAAGAAAGCAAGUUCCUUGCAGUUAUGCAGUAGGCGAUAGGCAAGGAGGACCACAAAUAGAGGUAAAACUUUAGGACUUGAAAGACUGAAAUGACUCUGGAUUUUUUUUUCUUUUUUUAAGUUCUGUAUGUAUUUUAGCAAUCUCAUCUCACCUGACUGGGAUGUGUCUCAAGUAUAUUCCUUUUAUGGAAAAGGACUCUGAAAAACCCUAAGGUAUUCUAGGGGAGAAACUGUCUUCCAUUUCAGUUUGAACCAGUAUUGUGACAUUCAAAUCACCCUUGUGUUUUUUAACCUGUAAACCUGCCCUCUUUUGAGUGAAACAAUGUAAAUGUAUAAUGUGCAUGUUCUUUCUUUUAGAAGAGAAGUCAUCAAAUUAAAAGAUUUGGCUAGCUUCUCUGCUAUCCCAGGAACUAGGAAUUGGUGUGCUUGUGACCAAGGGGUGACAGGUCCACAUUUUUUAAAUUUUUCUUUACAGUACUCAGUGACUUGCUUUUAUGUGUGUAUGUAUACUUUUAAUUCCCACACUGAGUACAAGAGUUAAAUAAAUAGUGAGUUUGAAGAUUAUUUGUGGGUGCACUAUAGUUAGUAUAAAUAGCAAGUUUUUAUGUAUCCUCCACCUUGAUUCAAUUCAGGGCAUACUUUUAACAGCUCCACAAAAGUGGAAAUGUGGGGAUCCUGGAAAUGAAGUAGUUUGAUCAGGGUUUUUAUAGGGGGAAAUUCUGUAAGUGUGUAUCCCAUGGGUAUGUCUAUAUGGUCAGUUCUCGGUUAUCUCGCAUACAUUCCCUUCACCGUUAUGAACAUUCAGUGUUAUUUAGCACUGCAGUGAGAGUAGACAGGCAGUUGUGCAUAUAGGUCACACUUUUAGCUUUUUGGUAUGAAGUUAGACCAAUUAUAUGUUGAAACAAUUGGAUAGAAUUACUUUGAGGGCUGUUUUUUUGGACUCACUAUAAUUAUUCAUUGGUCUCACCUCUUCUCAUUAUCAUAGGUAACUGAGAAUUGAAUUGACUAUAUGAAGCUCUAAGUAGGUAUUUAAACAACCCACAACUGGAUACAUCACUGCCAUUUAUUAAAUUCACAACAGCAAGAGAAUAUGUCUUUUCUAAGUGCCCUAUUAUAAAGGAAAAAAUAAAUGUGUAAAACUUAGUUGUAAUAGGCAAAACUCACAUACAUUGACAUCAGAAAUAAAUUGCUUAAACCAAUUUUAGCAUUGGAGAGUAUGAAAGAUGAUAUUUAGUAGCCAUGUGAAUUUCAGAUACCAUUAGUCCUUAACAUUGGACCAGUACUUUUGUUUUGUAUUCAGAUUUUUAAAGAUUUACACAGUGCAGCUGCUCUUCACACACAGAUCAAACAUGAGAGUCAUACUAUGUGUACACAGUAUGUGGAUUAUCUAGCAUAAUACUUUAAAACUGUAAACGAUUAGAGUAAAAUGUUUACCCAUCACCCCCAAUAUUGGAAUUCCCCAAGGUGAUUCUUGACAGGGUUGUGUGACUUCUCUUCUUAAAUCCUGCCUAUAAAAUUAGGAGUAGGAAGAUGAAAACCCAGUAGGUGUUAGGUAAUAGGAAGAAUAUUAUGACCAACCUAUUUUGCUCAUGCCUAUUUUCUCUCUUUUGGAGCCCAAAUUUCAACAGGGAAGAAAACUUUGCCAUGUAGGAUGACUUUGUGGCUAAGCUAGCCAGUUUGCUUUCUAAUAGAUGUCCCCAGGACCAGUAAAAACAAUCUGUAAGUUUACCAUGCCCUGCAGCCUUCUCCCAGAGGUUCCUUAUAAAUCAGAGGACAGUUCAGAAGAGUAAAUACAGCAAGACUUCUUUUUGCCUCAAACAGGUCACGUUGUCAUCACAAAAUGGGUGAUGGAAUCCAUGAAUUUCAUUUAUCUAAGGUUUUUUUGUUUUUACGUCUCUGGUCUGGGUAUGACCUGGCAUGCCUUAUUAUUUGGCCAACUCUCUUUAUUACUUUUGGUUUCAAAGAAGGGGGAUCGGGGAUACUUCUUCCUCAGCAAGAAGAAUUAGUUUGGUCCCUGGUCACACCCAUUGCCUCCUGCAGCAGAGACCUCUCUAGGUGGAGGCCUUGCGUGUGACCUUGAAGUUCUCAAGUGCAGUGGCUUUCCGUUUUGGCGGUCCCCCAUCCUAGGAGAUGGGCAGUGCACAGGGCCAGCACCCUUGCCUCCUUACCUUCUGCUUUUGACUUUUUCAUUGUGUCCUUUUUUUAAUUGUUUGUUUUCUUUCUUAGUUUCUAAGCUGUUUCCUUUAGAUUUGUGGAAUUGGUGUUUCCACUCAAUAUCUGACGUUUCUUAAUAUAAAGAUUUCAGGAUACAAGUAAAAAAAAAAAAAAAAAAAAAACCAAAGGAGGGUGAAAAGUGUUCUGUCCCAAGAUUUCAAUGAUCUGUCAUGACAGUCUGGUUCAAGAAAGAUCAUUUGGUCACUAAAGCUACCCCAUGGGACAUGAGAUCUCUUCAGGCUUGGUGGUUCCUGUCAAAAAUGCACUCACGGUCAGCAGCCUCUUUCCAUUCCUUGGCUGUUGUAUUUAGGAGAAACAGCUUUGACUCUCUCGAGUCACACACAGCUGCUUUUUGAAUGAAAGUACAGGCCCAUACAUGGCACUCUUGUUUAAUGUCUGUGUUAAAUGUUUUUUUUUCAUAAUUUUCCUAAAGAAUUAAGAAACUCACUUCCCUGCUCCUCACAUGUUGGCUUGUCCUGAGCCACAGGUUUUGAUUCUCGCGAUGUAUGUGCCUUAUUUUAUGUUUCUCUUGUCAAUGAGAAGGACCAGAUGUUGUUGUUGUUGUUGUCCACUCAGCACUCAGAGGCUGCAUGCCCAGACAGUGUCUCCAGGAAGCAAACACGGGACUGUGGCAGUCUGCGGUGUUGGGUGCUCUGAUUCCCUGUGUUGUUUGAAGCUAAUAGGAGGGUGUUCUCCUCUGACAAGUUACACUUGUAUAUCCUGCAAAUGUGUGAGAUAAACUGCAUUCCUUUUCUCCACCAUUUUUUAGAUUUUUAAAGAAGAAAAUGUGUAAUCCUUUUUAAAGAACAACACAUGUAAAUACAUUCAAGUAUUGUAGAUGUAGAGUCGGGAUGUGAUGGCCUUGGGCCUUCCUUGGAAAAGCCUGUGGCUGCUCCGUGCUCAUAAGCCAUGGGAAUGGCAGCCCAGAAACACGAACUCUGCCUUGGCUUUCAGAACCACUUAGUCCUUUUGUAACAAAGAAAAAAUAAAUGAAUAAUAAAAAUGUUUCUUACAGUGUCAAUAAAAAACUUUGUACUGAAA